UCUUCCACUGUGAAAAUGAGCAAUUCUCAUUUUCAGGCAUCCACAACGGAUUAUCUUAUCGAUAAGAUAAGGUCCGAGCGACGUCAUCGGAAGGCCUGCCCGCUGAAAUCGUUUCCGGCCAAUCUUCGCUGCUGUUUGUUUUCGUCCUGGUUUCCCCUUCUUUUCCGUGGUCCCCCUCUUUGUUCUCCUCUCUGUUCCUGACUUUGACCCUUGUUCCAUCCUCCGUCGCGUGCGUGCUGAUUGAGACGAUGGCCCCCGUGCCUGCCACGCUGCUGCGUGCCCUCUCCAUCCCUGACCCCGCCAAAGCCAGCCUGUCCACCGCCGGUCUGGGGUCGGGCUUCACAAACACUGGUGCAAUACGAGCCACAGUUCCCCGCUCCGAUGGCUCAGGGGAGGAAGAACGUCGCUACUUUGUCAAGACCUCCCCAAAUGGCGAGGCUGCAGAGGAGAUGUUCCGUGGGGAGUACGAAUCACUCAAUGCGAUCGCGACGUCCGUGCCCGGUUUCUGUCCCCGAGCACUCGCCUGGGGCCCGCUGGAGGAAAGCACUGGGACAAGCUUCUUCUUAGCGACUGAGUUUUUGGAAUUAGGAGGAGGUGGCCGUCGAGGUCGAGGAGAUACAUUAGCCCAGCGAUUAGGCAAAUUACAUUCGACGCCAGCGCCCCCCGACCCUGCAACGGGACGACGUCGAUUCGGAUUCCCUGUUCCGACCUUCUGCGGGGACACCAAGCAGCCCAACCGCUUUUGCGACUCGUGGGCGGACUUCUAUGCCAACGAACGGCUGCUCACCAUCCUCGAGUCAUCGGAAACCCGGAAUGGUCGUGAUGCUGGCUUGCGGGAUCUGGUGGAGCGGACGGCGCGGACAGUGGUCCCUGCGUUGCUGCGGGACGGACACUUAGGCUAUGACAGGGACGGGAAUGGACAGGGCAUUAUACCUGUCGUUGUCCAUGGGGAUUUGUGGAGCGGAAAUGCAGAUCGCGGUCACAUUGUGGGUAGCGGUCGCAAGGAUGACGAGGAGGUCGGCGAUGUGGUCUACGAUCCGUCGGCAUGCUACGCACACAGCGAGUAUGAAUUGGGGAUAAUGAGAAUGUUUGGCGGGUUUGGAUCGGCUUUCUUCACAGCUUAUCACAAGAUUGUGCCGAAAACCGAGCCAGUGGAGGAAUAUGAGGACCGUGUGCGAUUGUACGAGCUAUACCAUCAUCUGAACCACCAUGCGAUCUUUGGAGCCGGAUACCGAUCGGGCGCUGUAUCUAUAAUGCAGAAGUUGCUGAGGAAAUAUGGGGAUUAAUGUUUGACCCGGACAGAGUAGCUGCUAUUGAGCUCGUUUCUAGAAUGCCUUGAGAUGCCAUCUACGUUGAUUGUUCUCUGCUCGUUAAUGGCGACAUUCAUGCUGGUAUCACAUUUGAGCUAUUUUC